AUGAACUUCUUUACUAUUGUUUUCUCAUGUAUUUUUAUGUUAACAAUUAAAGAUUCAAUUUACACUUACCCAUUGACUGUUUCUACUAAUCUUGCUAAUCUCUCCCCUAGUCAAAUUGAUCAACUUUGUUCAUAUGUUUCACAAUUACCACAAAAACAAAAACCUACAUCGAAGACAAUGACUUCAACAGAAAAACGCUUUGCAAUGCCAUUUCCUGAUAUGAAUCGUUUUCUAUCUACAAGCCAUAAAAUUCACCAUAAUCAUCAUAAUGAACCACUGACUAAAAGCGGAACGGAAACGAGUGGUUCCAAAAAACAUGACUUUCAUGCUUACUUAUGCAGUAUAACAAAAGAUUCGGAAGAGAUGACAAAUUUCAUCAGUGUUUUUAUCAAAGAGCAUGGAGAACCGCCUGCGUUCAAUCUCUUCGAAUCAUGUGAAGAAGUUUCUAAACGUGAUCUGUCGCAAUAUGAAAAGAAGGAUGAAAUCUCUGCAGCUAUUCGUAUCAAUGAACUAUCACAAUUCUGCUUGAAUCGUCCACAAACACGAUUUUCUAAACGCUGGAAACAUUCGUCAAAUCGUAUCCAUAUCCAGCUGAAAUGGAUCCUUAUCUCGUCGGAAGAUGAACAAUCAAAGAUAUUUGAAAAAAAAAACUAUAAAAGAGAUCGCAGCGAUGAUCAACAUGUUUGCGGUCGGAUAUAUUUCUCGGAAGAGAGUGAAAAAAUUAUGUUCGGUCUGAUUGUUUUAUUAAUCACAUUAACUUUAAUCACACACAGUUGUUGUGAUCCAUCGACAGCGAAUGUUUACGUUGAUGAGCAACAAGAACAAUGUUCACAACAAUCAAAUGACGAUACAUCGUGUACCGACGGCGAUGGAAAGACAUUCUGUAAAAUUUUCGAUCAAUUAACGUCGUCAAACCUUCAUUCGGAAAAAAUGGCUGAUGCUAAUGAACGUUCAUUUAUCAUGAUUAAACCCGAUGGUGUCCAACGAGGACUUGUCGGUGAUAUCCUUCGCCGUUUUGAACAACGUGGUUACAAACUCGUUGCCCUUAAAAUGAUCCAAGCCCCACGAGCUUUACUCGAAAGCCACUACGAAGAACACAAAGGCAAGAAAUUCUACGAACCACUUUUAUCCUACAUCGGCAGUGGACCAGUCGUUGCUAUGGUUUGGGAAGGUUUAAACGUUAUCACAGUUGGUCGUAAGAUGCUUGGUGCUACUGACCCCGCUAAAUCUGAACCUGGUACCAUCCGUGGUGACUACGCUAUUGUUACCGGACGUAACAUUGUUCAUGGUAGCGAUUCCGACAAAGCCGCCAAACGUGAAAUUGACUUAUGGUUCCGUCCAGAUGAAAUCGCUAACUGGCCACACACUGCUGAACGAUGGAUCUAUGAAUAA